AGUGUAAAACAAAAUGACAACUAACGGAUCCCAGUUUCGUCCUUAACGGCCCCGCCUUGCUCCCCGAUGAUAAGCGCUAUACAAAACCGAUGGGCGGGGAAGUGGGGAGGAUCUGGUUUAGAUAUAUAUAUAUACACGCAGAACUCAACAGAUCAUGUCAUACGACAGUCCUUGCUUAACCGAGAAGCACGGAGGUUCGAUAAACCGACAUGAAGACUUUUGUUUUAUUUUGCGCCCUAGCGGCCUUCGCUAGUGCCAAGCCUCAGUACUUCCUCCCCUACGGAGUGCACUCGCCACUUGUUUACAGCCAACCCCUUUUGGCAUUUUACCCCGGAGCACCGUUGAAUCCCGACGGCACCGUCGCUGACACACCCGAAGUCGCCGCGGCCAAAGUUGCUCACUUUGCCGCCAAGGAGAAAGCCCUAAACAGAGGAAAGAGAUGGGCUCCGCUCAACCCUGACGGCACAGUCGCCGACACCCCUGAAGUCGCUGCUGCCAAAGUUGCCCAUUUCGUUCAAGUCGCCAGAGCCGGAGGAGCUGUACCUUACGUCUACGCUCCCCAGUGGUAUGCUUCCGCAGGUGUUCUCGACACGCCUGAAGUCGUCGCCGCUAAGGUCGCUCAUUUCGCCGCCCACGCCAAAGCCCGUGGAUUAGUUACCCCUUAUUACUACAACUACGCCCCCUACUGGUACGGAGCCGCCCCCUUGAACGCCGACGGUACCGUCGCUGACACACCCGCCGUAGCCGCCGCUAAAGUCGCUCACUUCGCCGAAGUCGCUAAAGCCAGAUCCCUCGCCGCCCCUCAUGUCGGACCCGUCGACACACCCGAAGUCGUCGCCGCUAGAGCCGCCCACUUGGCAGCUCACAGCGCCGUCCUCAGACGUGGCAAAAGGUGGGUCCCGUUGAACGCCGACGGAACCGUCGCUGACACUCCUGAAGUUGCCGCCGCCAAAGCCGCCCAUUUCGCCGAAGUAGCCAAAGCAAGGGGCUUAGUCCACACCGUCACCGGUCAAUGGUACGGACCUUUCGCUCCCCUCAACGCCGAUGGUACUGUAGCUGACACUCCUGAAGUCAGGGCUGCUAAAGCCGUCCACUUCGCCGCCCACGCCGGAUACCGACUUCCGCUAGUCCACGGCUACUACUACACUCCAUAUUACGCCGACGGAUCCGUCGCCGACACCCCCGAAGUCGUCGCCAAGAAGUUGGAACACUUCGCCGCCCACGGCGAAGCCCUUGCCAGGUUGGGAUAAACAAGCCGUUGACCAACAUAGUCCAAACUUUACCAGUGUCGUGUACCAUUCUGUUAUUGAUGCUCAAUUAAAUUUUUUUAAUGUCUUUU